CCCUCAUAUCUUUUCCCGCCGGGUUCCUCACUGCCCACAGACCUCCGUACGUCACCGACCAUGACGAGCGUGCGCUGUCUGGGGUCAGCGCCAAGCCUGCGGGGGUUUCGUGAACUCGCGUUUUACACGCCUGCGGUAAAAUGAGGCAACAAAACCAAAUGUAACUUUGCAAGCUUGUCCUCCCACUCAGAUCUAUCAUAUAUCCAUCACAGUAUCUUUGAGUUAUGCACCCAGCUUUCCAAAAUCUCGAAAUAAUAUGCACGAUUACCUCAUACGUGAAACACAGUUCGCUUCCUUCACUUGCAUCCACAUGCCGCGCAUUUGAGCACCCAGCACUUAAUGCACUGUGGCGGGAUCUGGAAUCUGUGAAGCCCCUUGUCAAAUGCUUACCGGAUGAACUGUUUGGCUCUGAUGAAGGAGGUGUUGCAUUACAGGAACCUCUUGACGAUAGGAUGUGGCAUACUCUUUUCAAAUACACGUCCCGCGUGCGCUCAAUUACUGUACCGGAUGACAUGGAAGCCAUCAACCCCCUCUGUUUACUCAUACUAUCUUGUUCUUCGGCACCUGCGUCGUUGUUUCCGAACCUCCGCAAAUUAAAAUGGUAUGCCAGUGGAACCCACUGUGCUGCAGACUUCUUGCGCAUGGUGUUUGUACCUUCCCUACUAGAUUUGAACAUGGAUAUUCCUUCAGCUUCCUCCGCCUUUUUCUCGGCUCUUUCCUCCCUCGGGACAUCGUGUCCUCGCCUCCAGAACAUGUCUUUGAACUAUGGAUUCCGGACCCACAUCCUAUCGUUCAAUGCUUCGCCCUUCAUCACGCGACCUAUCUGUCAGCUCCACCAUCUCCACACGUUGUCGGUAUGUGACCUAGGAAUUCAAGGCAUCGAGCAUUUGACGGAGCUGCGAGUUCUGGAGUCACUGAGCUUGAAGUUCACAAUACCGUCAGCUUGGGAGACAGUGGACUUAUCAUUCCCCGGCUUUCAUAAUUUGCAAUCGUUGAGCCUUUCCACUCUUACAAUCGAGCAAGCUUCGAACUUUUUGAGUUCACUUCAGUUCGUCAGAACCAAAGAAAUCAGGAUUGAUUUCUUGGAUCAGGAUGAAUUCACAGCGAUACCCCGGUUAUUCGCCAUCGUCCAGGAGAGAUGCGAUAACGACAAGCUUGAAUCUAUCAGCCUCCAAGGAGAUGAUCCUGAACACACACACACAGGACAGAGCAUCUUCGCACCAUUAUACGCAUGCCGCAAUCUAACUCAACUGCUUAUUGAAAGCGUCUGCUACAUCUCCAUGUCCAACAAGGAGCUGGGCCAGCUGGCAACAGCCUGGCCUAAGCUCCAAGUGCUCCAAAUCAAAUGUUAUCCCGCUGAUGAUCCCAUAAUACCGACGUUCCUUGGGCUAAUCACUUUACUUGGCCGCUGUCCCGCUUUGACUUCACUCACUCUUGUCAUCAAUGUCACCAAGUUAAACGGCAUAGACCUCAAGCGUCCCGGCGGUGGAUGUCGCAAUGAGCGUCUCAAAUUCCUCGCCCUCGGAAAUUCACCCGUCAAGGUCCCCGUGAACGUGGCUCUCAUCAUCAGCGGUCUUUUCCCCAACUUGGAGAAGGUUGAUUGUUGGGAUGCAUACCCGAUGGUCCAGAAGAAGUCAGUGAAGCAACAGUGGGAGCUAGUCAACAGCAUCAUUGAUGGCUUUAGCGUCGUAGAGGAGCGGAGCUUUGAACUAUGGUCCGACCUCUAGGCCAUACUUGAAGCAUCACUGGCACCUACACUAUUUGACCAUACACAAAUGUACACAGUAGUACUUACAGUAUGUGCGGCUGCGCGUAAACUAUCGUAUGGUUGUAUAUAUAAUGGGCUAAUGGCUAUCUUUCUCUUGUUUAUAAUACGAACUUCAUGAUGCCAACGCCAUAUGCGAUGGGCUGCAUCUCAUUGUGUUGUGCGGCAAUU